AUGGCGCAUUACAGAUCCAGUCGUCCAUGGUACUCCAACAGACGAACGAGGCCCACGGUGGAGGAACGCGACAGUCUCUUCCGGGAACGGUUGAGAGAACCCAGGAGGGAGAGAGAACACAUUGUCACCGGCAAUGACAGCGACGAAAACGAAAAUGAACAACCGGAAGUGCCAGAAACUGAUCUGUCAACGAAACUGCACGUGACCAACCUUGACCUUAACAUAUCGGAGAACACCAAGCAGCACCACACUGACAUGUAUGAGUGCACAGAGGUCAGGGGUCAUAAGGAAUCAGAGUUGGUGGUCAGAAGAGGUCAGCCCUUCCUCCUCACCAUCACCUUCGACAGACCUUACGACAUCGACAAGAACGACAUCACGCUCAUGUUGAGCUUAGCGUCUCACGAGAACAACAGCACCGUCAAAGAGACCAUCAAGGUCGGAGAGGGUAGGGACACGUCUUAUAAGCCACGGAGAUGGGGCGCCAUCAUCGCCAAAAAGGGAGGUAACUCUCUCACAGUAGAAGUGUUCUCCCCUGCUUCUACCCCUGUCGGUGUUUGGGAUUUGAUUGUCAGGACCACCGUGGACGUCGAGAACGGCAAAGACCUCAUCUGGCAGUACAACCACAACGAAGAUAUCAACAUCAUCUUUAAUCCUUGGUGUAAAGAGGAUGUCGCAUACCUCUCUGACCAGAAGUGGAUCGCGGAAGCGGUGGAGAAUGACACGGGAGUGGUGUACACUGGGACAUUCGAUAAGAUGGCAGGCAGUAGCUGGUACUACGGCCAGUUUGAGGACGGCAUCCUGGACGCCGCUCUACACCUCGUCAGGAAGGGCUUCGACUUCAAGAUGACCCGCGCUAUGGGGAAUGCGACCAAGGUGGCCAGGAUUCUGUCAAAGAUCGUGAACGCCGACGACGACAACGGCGUUGUUACAGGCAACUGGAGCGACAGCUACGCCGGUGGCACCAGACCAACUUCAUGGACGGGGAGUGUGAGGAUCCUAAAGCAGUACAUGUCCACCGGAAGACCGGUCAAGUACGGACAGUGCUGGGUCUUCGCAGGGGUCUUAACUACAGCUAGGACGUGGACAUCUCCUCCCAACCCGCUCUCAUCACUGUCUCAUGUCCUGAAGAUUCGUCCUGGGGAGACCUGGAGUAAGAUUAUCAAGAUGUCCCCCACCGUCUUUCCCAACAGCCAAAGGAAGAGGGAGGCCAGCUUUAGUCUGGAGUCAGACCAGCUCGGAUCCAUUGUAGGAUCAUACAGCGUAAAGGUCGCUUAG